AUGUCGUCGUCAAGAAGCGUCCUCACGCGCGUCUCGCAGCCUCUCCGAGCGUCUGCUGCCACAGCACGCAACAUCUCCUCCUCAUCUCGUCUGGCGCAAGCGCCCGUCCCACGCCCGACCAAGCCAGCCUCGCAAACGCAGCCCUCGCUGCCGCCUACACCAAAGUCGCAGCUCGAACAGAUCAAGCAGUACCCCGCGCAUCCUCUGCUCCAAUUCUUCCGCACCCGCCCGCACGAGAUCAGCGACAAGGCGCUCGGCGGGCCCGCAGCCUACGAGACGGGGAGCAAGGACUCCAUCACUCCACCCAAGUUCCAUGUGCGUCUUCCGCAUGCUGUUCACCAGAGUGAUUUGCGCAAGGACGGCGAUAGUCGCUCCUGGCUCGCCUCCGAACUUCGCUUGAAAAGCAGUAAGGAUCUGCACACGUUGUGGUACGUGUUGCUGAUGGAGAGGAACAGGCUGGCAACGAGCUGGGAGGAGCUCAACAGGGUUGGCGCACGUCAGGCCGCCAACAUGUGGUCUCAGAACUUGGGAAGGAAGAACCACAGGGUGAGGAAGAGCAUGGCUAGGAUCAAAUUUGUGUUGAACGAGAGGAGGUUGGCGUUGAUCGAGGCGCAAAAGCAGGUCAGGGAGGCGACACCAAUGCCAGAGCCGGGUCAGGGAGGCAGCUUGUUCGAGGAGGCUGAUGUUGAGGUGAUGCCGGCGUCAGGAAUAAAGCAAUAG